AUGCCGCCCCGUCAUGGGGGCCGGGCUGAUGACCGUGGCUCUGUAACGCCGGCAGUCGACGCGGAGCCCCACUCCCGCAGCUCGGGACGUCCCGAGUCCGCCUACGGAUCCACUCGUCUUAGACCUACAUCAGUCCAGGUUGACGUGGCGCACGUAGGAGACAUAUUUGUGGCCAGAUCUGAAGCAGGUGUCUACAGCAGCACGUCUCUCGAAUCAAGCAUCAAACAAGACACUAGCUUCCCGAAUACACAGCUUGGCACCCCAUCAUGGCUCCAUGGUUCUGUAGAGACAGAUGUUGCACCCUGGUUCCCUGGAUCGAGGAUCGACCCCAACCUUGGCCUACGCUAUUUCGCUCAGGACCAGUACUUCCCGGAGUUACUCGAGGACUCGAUCCCAGACCAACCCCUGAACAAUCAACCCUUCUACAACAAGCCUGACGACAACCCAAUCAAACCUUCGCGCCCAACCACAUCGCUUCCAAAGUCGCGAGAUCACCUCAACCACCAUAGCAAGUCUUCAAAGCCACCCCACGUCACAUGCGAGCAGUGUCAUAGGAUAUUUACAGGACAAUACCGAGCCGGAAAUUGCUCCAGACAUGUCCGGCAGCAACAUCCUGAGCUAUUGAGGGAACAGCCGCAAUGCAUUUGUCGAGUCUGCAAGAAGGUCUACAAGCGGCAGGAUGCAAGGCGAAAACAUGAAUGGCAGCGGCACGCGUUAUUGGAUUCCAAACCUUCUCCAAGGAAGCCUGCCUGCCUUGAGACCAAAGUAUUCCAGAAUAUAAACAGUCUUUCAAGCGAAACCUAUCACGACAUAUCUUCAUUGUCGUCACUGUCACAUGAUGGCGGAUUGGAUGGCAUCUCAAUUGAUAUUCCGGCGCCAAAUUCCACCCUGCCUUCAGUCUUGGGCAAGAUGCAGGAUCCUAGAGCCGAGUCUAGCACACGGCCAAGCAGUCAAGACUACAGUCGCGGCUUCUCUUCGUUUUUCGGGUCCUCGCGCACUAGUGCGUCUGAUCCUGAUAUUGGCAGCUUCGAGAACCAAGCACAACCGCCUCCGCUUUUCCUUGACUCGUUUGGCUCCCAAACCUUUGCUGAAUUCCUGGACCUCCCACCCUUGCCUGACCUUACAUCCACAGUGGCAAAGCCCGCGGCGGCACUGAACGAGCUCCCUAAUAACGCUAGACCCCCUUGGCUAUCCUUCUACGAUGUGGUUCUCGGAAGCCCUGGUAGUUCGCGAAUACCUCAUCAUUUUUCAGACUUGAACCAGGGAGCGUGGAUCCAAGUAGAUUCCAGCAUGUAUGCACUGUCUGCGGUGACGCCUCUUGACAAUGGGUUCGAGACUAAACCGGAGCAGACGUAG